UCGAUUAUCAACAGCGAUAGCUGUGCAAGUGAUAAGACAUGUGGGUCUACUGUGCUGUGUCUUGUCUAUACAGCUGUGCUCUUGUUAUGCUUGGAGCUUACUAUAACAGCGCCGACACUAUAUAUGGGGAAGAAGAAGGUCUUCACCCGGUUUUUAUAUUCGGAGCGAUGAAGAGAGGCGAACCAAUGCAUCAUUGGCUGGAAAACCCGGAAAACGGAUUCUGUCAGUUUAUAACAAAAGCCAGAACUAUGGAAAAGUUUCCCAUGGUUAUUGCUACCAAGUACAAUGUACCAAUUGUGUUUUAUAAGCCAGACGUGGGACAUCAUAUUCACGGGGAGCUUUAUGAAAUGAACUUACGGAUGAUUAAGAAACUGGACAAGUACGAGUACUUGCCGAGUGAGAUAAUAGCACGCAUCGAAACUAUAAUGUACAACGAUAGUAAAACUCAAGAGCUUGUGAAAAGGCCGGCGAUCAUGUACGUGAAGUAUUAUUUGGACAUUGACAACUGGGAGCAGCUACCCCUCAUAGCUGACUACCAUUCCAAGGGGAGCCACGGCUUGGAGUUCAAAGAGAGACCAGUGAAGAAAAAAUCGAAGAAGAAAAGAAAGCACAAAAGUAAGAGUAAGAAAGACGAACAAAGCGACAGAAUUAAGGGGAAGAAUAAUACACAGGCAGAACUGGAGGAGUGUAUUAGAAGAAAAAAUGAACGGAUACAAAAACAUUUAAAUAAAACUCUAAUAAGGAAUCACACUAGUCAGAAUUCACCUAACGCGUAAUUGUAUCUGGUGAAUGUGGAUGGUAAAUAUGAGUUAGAAAAAUAUCUUAUUAUUUAUUUUUAUAUAUAAUGUGAAAAAUUAAACUGCAAUUCUUAAAAUAAACACAUUCGGUGUAAUAAAAAAUAAAUAAAUUGUAAAAUAAUUACAGGCCAGUCCAUGAUCUAAAUGUUUGUAUUUGUAUGUAUUAAUGCCACGAGACAACAGAAUAAAUACAUUAACAAAGGAACAAAGAGUUUUACUAGUGGAAGUGGGACUGAGGUUACAUGAGAGGGUGGCAGUACAGCUAAUGUCCUCCUAGGAGGACAAAAGUUAUCAUUGUGAGGGUCGUUGAUUGGUCAAAUGUU